UGAUCUGUUUUUGUAUUGCAAGCGUUUAAAAAAACUGCGUACCUGUUUAAACAAAAAAAAUAUAAUUAAAAUGCUGCAAAAUGAUGCGGUGCGCACCUUACAAUAUGACAGCGAAAUACGCGUGGCUCAAACUACCAAUGACGCCGAACCUCGAGUUUAUGACGCCCAAAUCAGCAUAACUGCCCAGCCGCGACCAACAUCAGAAGCUCCGCGAAUUCCAUUGCCCAUUUCUACGGUCGCUGGCAGUCGCACCUUUAUACCCCUGGCCGGCUACGAUUGCCUCGCGGAUUUGCCCUCUGUGCAUAUCGAGCAAACUUUCGAGCUAAAUGAUUCUCUCACAGCCGUUUCGUCGGAGAAUCGUUAUGUGGUUCGCUCGCCGCUAGGUGAUGCCAUCUUUGCUGCCUCCGAGAGCUCCACAGAGAAGAAUCGCAUGAUUUGGGGCGCUGGUCGGCCAUUUCAGAUGCAUCUGCUGGACAAAACGCAUCAGGAAGCGUUGGUAUUCCGCAAGAAGCUGGCGAUUGGGGCAAUAUGUUGCCAGCCCAAGAAUCUGGAGAUCUGGAUACCGCCCGGCAAUGUCCUAGGCCGCGUGGUGCAAUCGCCAACCUUCACACAGCCGGAGUUUUACAUUGAAGACGGCAACACGCAUCAGCCGGUCUUCUGUGUGGAAGGACCCGCCAAUUUCGGCUUCUGCUGCUACUGCCUGCCCAAAGAGUGCUACUUCAAGAUUCACUCGGGUGGCGACCUACGCGCCUCCAUAGACCACAAAUGGUUGGCCAGCAAAUCGCAGUAUACCACAAACAUUUACUUCAGCGAUGCCCGGCUGACGGCCAAGGAGCGUUCCCUAAUUCUGGGCUCCGCAUUUCUGCUGGAAUAUAUGUACUUUCAGAAGCGCUUUUAGGACUGGACGUAAAACUUGAAAGAACAACUACGAAAUUAAAUUUUCACAUUGAUGUUUUUUUUUUAUUUUUGUGUCAUUUUCUUUUUUUGUGGUUUGUUUGUAAAGUUUUCAUGCUCAGUUUUUUUUUUUUCUGUUUGUUGAUAUAUUUUACAAUAAUGUAAUAAAUCACUUCAUUUUUGUGUUUGUUUAACAUACAUAUACAUUCAAUUAUAUAUAUAUACCAUAUAAUAUAUAAAUAUAUAUAUAUAUAUACUUUUGCUAUACUUGUAGCCAUUUUGUACAAUAAUUUUCAUUAAUUUCUAUAAACUUUAUGUGCAUGUGUGUGUUGGUGUGUGUGUGUGUGUUUAGCUAGCCUACAAAACUUAAUGUAUAUAUGACAACAUAAUCUUUAUCUAUAGUUAGUUUUUUUUUUUUGUAAUUUUAUUUGAUUUUCAAUUUGCUUUCGCUAAUUAAAUAUACAUAUACACACAUAUAUAUAUAUAUAUAAUUAAUUAAUUAAAACAAACAAUUGAAAAGAG